AUGUCUAACCUUUCGAAGUUUGAGUUUACAAAUAUAAAUUGCACUUCUUUGGAUAACGAGUUCGAUAGCUUCGAAUAUUGCUUUCUUAAGUCGGUAAAUCGCACGUACAAAUACGUUUCAAUAAAAGUGAAUUUAUUUAAAACUCCAGUGACCAAAGUGAAAGUACACUUUUCGUUGAACAAACGAUUUAGUGGAUACAGACCUUUCUUAUAUAAUGUCACAGUGGAUGCCUGUAGAUUCUUACAGAAUCCUGCAUCUAACCCAAUAGCUGAUAUCCUUUUUGAUAAAAUUAAUGUCGAGUUUGUAAACCACAGGUUUUCAAAAGUAUUACCCUUUCCCGAGGGCGAUUAUUAUUUGGAAAGCAAUUGGAUGGCAUAUGACAUAAAUCGAGCUGUUAUAAAAGUGUAUGGCACUUUAUCUUGA